CUUUAAAAAGUCGGAAGGUAAUGUAUAAAGUUCACACUACCAUCACCAUAUUGCUUACAUCUAUUCUGCUCUAUUCAGAUCUGCAAACAGAAAAGGGGAGUGGCUGGAGGUUGUUUUUGAACUAGGCAAUGAUGUUGUAUAAAUGACAAGAUUGGUAGAUAAGAAAUAGGAUUAGAUCAAAAACAUCCUCAAUGCGCACCAUCCACACAAAUGCGCCAAUCUAUAUAUUGAAUUAAUAGAAAAUGCAACUUGUUAAAACUGUUCACGCCAUAUUUCUGGUUCACUCAUGUGGAAUAAAUUAGUCUGCUGCAGCCCCAUGCUGCUAAUGGUCGCUUCCUGCAUUAACUACGUCGUUUUCCUUUCAGCAGUAUAAAGUGGGCGUUGUGCUACUUUGUGUUCUGCUAUUGUUGUUCAGAAGUCGAGAAUGGUGCAACUAUCAAAAUCUGGAGCGAGAGAGAGUCCUGAAUUGAAGGCUGGCCAUCUUCCAGCAGGUAUGGCAGUGAUUUAUUCGUACUAAUUCGUAAUUGGCAUCAAGCUAUGCAUAUUUUCUUUGUUCGAUGUAAUGUUUACAUUCAGUGCAUUUACAAUAUAGGCCUGAUCUUGUUGUCGCAUGCAAACAUUGUUACAAUCUUGGACAAACAUUGGUAGGCGACAAUGUUGCAACGCACGCUCAAACCUCAAGUGCGUAGGUGGUAAACGAAUCAAAACUAAAGUAAUUCUAAAUGCCCUCAUUACUGCUACUAUGAUCUUUUUUUCGUUAUGAUGCUUGAUGAAAAUUGAAUCCGUGCAUAACCAAUUGUGCAAACAUGGUACAUUCUGUGCUCUAAGCUGCACUCAAGGGACAGGCCAACACUGUUCAUAUAGUUAAGUGAAUAUCCCCUGCAGAUUUUUGCUUAUGUAUGGUGAUUUUUGGAGUCCAAAUAGUCUCAAUCCAACUAUUAUUACAAUGAUAAUUUGACGUUAUGUUUGCAAUGAACUAUUAUUAAAAUGAUAAUUUAACGGUAUGUUUGCAAUGCCCCCCUUUCUUUGGUUUUGAACCUGGCCUACGAUAUGCCCAUUGCAUACUGUUAUGGUGUGACAUGAAGAAAUAAGUUGUGGGGCCAUAGGUGUCUCUGAGUAGGAGUGAUUUUUGGAUCAGUUUUGCCCUGCUUGAUACAUACGGCCCCUGAAAGGGAUUCUUUGCACAGUACAAAUUCAACUAUUUCUGAACUGCACAUUGUUUGGCUGUAUUUUAGAAAAUCAAAGUGCUUUUUGCUUUGACAGGAUGUGGGUAAAGUAGACUAUUUUGAUUAAACCUGCCUAUAGCAAGUCAGAGAAAUAAAAAGAAACAACAAUGCUGAAUUGUAUUCUCACUGCCAACUUUAUUCUUCCAACACCGACACUCCCAAAGUCUCCUUGUAUAAUGGCAAAAUUCCAAGGCAUUAACCUGAAGUUGUUUGUCUUACAGUAACUCUGAAUAGUUUAACUCUUUCCUGAUCAAGUUUUUCAACUCUUUCCUGAUCGAGGAUCGAGGAAGUUAUAUAACUUUCCAAAUGGCAUGAAAUGCUGGAUUUGCAAAGAAUUAGUAUGUAAUUUAUUAUCACCUAUUUUAAACGGCUCCACUCUGGCUCCACAGUGAAGGCUGGGGGGAAACGAGUGGUCAAGAAGAGCUGUGAGGAGAGUCAUGCCACCCACCAUGUGAACCCAGAGAGGGAACACAAGGUUCCCAAAACCAGGUACAGGUCAGGUAGUCCCUCCCUGUUUCAGUCUUUUCUUCUAUUUGGUGCCUAAUGACCACGACCCAAUACUCCAAUCUACAGGGUCUCGCCAUUGACAGAGAUCUGAUUGUGUUCAAAUGUUUGUUUUUUUACAUUGCGUCAGGAAAACCCUUAAUUGCAAUGUUGAGUGUCGUUAAACAUGCAAUACUGUUCUAGAUCUGCAGCCACCUCCAGCAGAAUGCAGCAAAUCAGUGUCUUGAUGUCAGGAACACUUGACAAGGUAAGGAUAUCCAACUUAAAAUGAUUGCUGCAUCAGUGUCCCACAAGGGUUGGCCAAAAAGCAGGUUUUGAUGUAAACAAAAAAAGUGGCUUCAUUUGUAAUGAUCAUGCAAGUCUCAACACUUAGCUUCUAUAGAUUGGCAUAGUAAAAUAGUCUCCUCCAGAUUGCUUUGUAAACCAUGAUUUUAUAAAAUGUCCUCUUUGUUUCAGUUGGGACAUGACUUCCCAGAGACCCCAGUAAGUGUGAAACACAGCAGACUCAGACCUGCUAUGGAGAAGGCACACUCGCCAGCUUUCAAGUCCAGCUUCUGCAUCCAGCAACCAAAAAAGUUCUGAAGCAACAUGUGAUAGUUGCCUGAGGGGAAACAUGUUAAGUCAACUGUUAAAGACCAACAGGAAGUGUUAGUUAUAUGCAUGAGGGUACCGACAUGAAACAUUAGAAAAUACUUAAAUGUUUAACUUUCUUGAUUUAAUGUAGAAUCAAUUCGGCUUCUUUGAAUUUGUUGCAAUUUGGGACUUUGCUACUUUUAGGUGUGGAAGUGGAGCUUUGUAGGGAUGUGGGUUUUCGGCUUACUCCAAACCAGCAUUUACUGUGCCUUUUUAUUAAUGUAUGAAUGAGACACCCUGUAACCAUAAGUGAACUAAAGGCACACAUGGUGGGCAUUUUGGAAUUAGUAUGUUGCGUAAGUGGGUAAAGCUGGAUGACUGACAUUCAUCAUUUAAUGUUUUCAUAGUGAAAAGCUUGAAUAAAAACACUGCAUGGCAUUAAACA